UUUGCACCAAGAAAUAGUAUAAUUACAAGGAUUAGUUAAAAAAAGUAUAUGAAUAUGAAGGGAUUUCCCACUAUUUUUCUUUUUAUUUGCUUUGUUUUAGUUAUUACAAAUUGUUUCAUGGUGGAAGCAGAUACAUGCAAACCCAGCGGCAAGCUUAGAGGGAAAAAGCCUCCUCCAGGUAAAUGUAACAAAGGCCAUGAUUCUGAUUGUUGCCAAGAAGGCAAGUUUUAUAACACGUAUACAUGUUCGCCGCCGGUUUCAAGUCAUACCAAGGCAACCCUAACUCUCAACGGAUUCGGUCCGAAGGAGGACGGUGGCGGUCCAUGUGAAUGCGACAACAACUAUCAUAAAGAUUCAGAAUUGAUCGUGGCGCUUUCGACGGGGUGGUUCAACAAGAAAAAACGGUGUAUGAAUUAUAUUAACAUUCAUGGUAAUGGAAAAACUGUUAAAGCUAAGGUAGUCGAUGAAUGUGACUCUACGAUGGGGUGUGAUGAUGAACACGAUUACCAGCCUCCGUGUGCCAACAACAUAGUCGAUGCCUCGGAUGCAGUUUGGGAUGCCUUGGGUGUGUAUGGAGAUAAACGUGGCGAAAUGGAGAUAUACUGGUCUGAUGUUUGAUUAUAUUUUUCUGCCUCUCCGUAUUUACCUUUGUUUCAAGCAAGGAUUGUGGUUCUUUACUCUUUAACUAUAUGAUAUUUGGUCCUUAAUUAUAUCUAAGGCCUGAAAAUAAAUUUUUAAUUUUAACUGUUUGGUCCUUAAUCUAGGGCCUUGUCCUCUUCUUAAA